CUCCAAUUCGGAGUAGUUUAAUACUACCUCUCCACAUCUUCCACCCACAUUGUUCAUACUCCUAACCCUCUUUCAAACCGUACAUUUCCUCCCGCCUAUCGCUUUUACUCGGUUGUCUUUUGUCCAAGAUGCGGCCCCAAGGACUUUGCCGGUCCUUCGCCAAACUUCACCGCACGUACGCAUGUUCGUUCCUAGAAACUGGCACAGGCCGCCGAUUUGUUCAAACAGCAGCCAGUUCUCCGCCUCGCGUCCCAGAUUUCGCCUUCGCCUUUGAGUAGUAUCGACGGUGUCCUUCUCCGAUCCUCAAAACCCAUCCCCGGCGCUGCGGAGUCAUUAGCCCUCCUCAAGGAACAGGGGGUCCCCUUCAUCCUCUUGACAAAUGGCGGCGGGAAACAUGAGACGGAGAGAGUGGCAGAAAUUAGCGAGAAACUUCAGCUGCCAUUGGAUCCCUCGAUGAUCAUACAAAGCCAUUCCCCUUUCGCGGAGCUGGUGCGAGGACCGGACGAGCCGAGUUCCCUAGAAAAUAAAUGCGUGCUGGUAGUAGGAGGCGAAGGCGACCGCUGCCGACAGGUUGCAGAGAGGUAUGGUUUCAAGAACGUGAUCACACCCGGUGAUAUCAUCAUGGCGAACCCAACCAUCUGGCCCUUUUCAAACGUCUUUAAGGACUAUUACAAAACAUUCGCAAGACCAUUGCCGAACCCCCGGGAUCCCAACGAUCCAACGAAAGGCCUGAAGGUCGACGCUAUUUUUGUGUACAACGACCCGCGGGACUGGGCGCUAGAUGCGCAAGUCAUUAUGGACUUUCUGUUGUCGUCCCAGGGAGUUCUCGGAACUCUCUCAGAGAAGAAUGGACGAGCUGACCUGCCGAAUCGGGGAUAUCAGCAGGAUGGCCAGCCAACUCUUUACUUCUCGAAUCCGGACCUGUGGUGGGCUGCAGCCUAUCAUCUCCCCCGACUCGGCCAGGGUGGAUUCCGGGAGGCCUUGGAAGGUACCUGGACUGCGACGACUGGUGGCCUGAGCAAAGGUGUUGAGCUGAAGAAAAUCGUCAUUGGAAAACCCUACCAGGGAACUUAUGAAUAUGCUGAGAACCAACUCCUGCGGAACCGCUCUCGAGUCUUCGGCUCGGAGGCUAAUAUACCUCUACGGAACGUAUACAUGGUCGGAGACAACCCGGAAUCUGAUAUCCAAGGUGCCAAUACAUACAGAAGUCCUCAUGGCAGCAAGUGGCACUCGCUUCUUGUGCGAACUGGCGUCUACAGUGGAGGAGAGCCUACAUGGAUACCAGAGACCAUUCUCGAUAAUGUAAAGAAAGCUGUUGAAUACGGGCUCAAGUCCUCCAAAUGGCAGGCUUAAAGAGCUGAUCGAGUAGAAACUCAAAUUUCUGUCGUGGACCGCUUUCUACAGGCUAACGCAUGCUGCUUACUACUCAAUCUGGCAUUUUAGAUAAGAUCAGCAGACGUCCUUGCACAAUAUAAGCAUAUAUACCAUCAGUCCACUUUAGUUACUAUAACAAUCAUUAUAGUUCCUGGAAUGUAUCAAAAGAUAGUAAACGCUCCAAACCCUGUCUUAAUGUCACAGCAAUUGUAUAUCGGUCUUCGCCCGUCUACUAGGGGUCCAGCACCCCCUGGAACCAUAUAUAUAGGAGCGCGCUGAUAGGGUUAGUGCUUUGUCUCUAUGUAGCAAUUACAAGAUAGACCUUCAAAGCCUCGAGAAGUGGUAGAGGACACAUGCAUAGCUAGACAUUCAGUAGUUAGGUUCUAACAGGUUAAUAGGCUCUUGAUUGAUUGAUAUUGAGGUGGUGGCGGAAUUAGGUAUUCCAACUUUGGUAGGG